ACGCACAGGAUGGUGACGAACCGGAAAAGGUUCUCACAUGCUGUCUUCUGAAAACACAAGACUUUGCAGACUGACUCUGCAGAAUUAACCGCACUGUGGCCGAUGAUCUUUCGUGUGAUAUCCUCAAGGCAAAAGUUCAGUUCGAGUCCAGGUACUCCGGCUUAAGGGUGAAAGUUAGAAACGAUGGCUUCUCUUCCAGCACUUUUUAAGUAUGUGGACGAACACCAAGAGUUGUACAUUGAGCGUUUGGCAGAAUGGGUAGCAGUCCAGAGUGUUUCUGCAUGGCCAGAGAAACGUGGAGAGAUAAAAAAGAUGAUGGAGAUGGCAGCAAAGGACAUCGAGAAACUUGGCGGAACAGUGGAGCUGGUUGACAUUGGCAAACAGAAGUUGGCGGAUGGACAGGAGAUCCCACUUCCUCCCAUCAUCUUGGGUCGCCUCGGUUCAGACCCUGGCAAGAAGACUGUGUGCAUCUAUGGUCACCUUGACGUCCAGCCUGCAAACCUCGACGAUGGCUGGGACACAGAACCUUUCAAGCUGGUGGAGAAAGAUGGGAAGCUGUAUGGAAGAGGCUCCACAGAUGACAAGGGACCUGUCCUGGCCUGGUUCAACUGCAUUGAGGCCUUCCAGAAGACUCAGCAAGAGCUUCCCAUCAAUAUUAAGUUCUGUUUUGAGGGGAUGGAAGAGUCUGGCUCUGAGGGUCUAGACGAUCUGAUCUUUUCCCGGAAGGACUCUUUCCUGAAGGAUGUAGAUUAUGUUUGCAUCUCGGACAACUACUGGCUGGGCAAAACCAAGCCCUGCAUCACCUAUGGCUUGCGCGGCAUCUGCUAUUUCUUCAUCGAGUUGGAGGGCUGUGAUAAAGACCUGCACUCUGGCGUUUUUGGCGGCUCAGUGCAUGAAGCCAUGACCGACCUGAUUGCCCUGAUGGGCUCUCUGGUGGACAAGAAGGGAAACAUUCUGGUGCCUGGGAUGAACGAGGCUGUAGCUCAGCUCACCGAGGAGGAGAAGAAGCUGUAUGAGAAGAUUGAAUUUGACAUGGAGGAGUAUUGCAAGGAUGUUGGGGCCAGCAAACUACUGCACAACACCAAGGAACAAAUCCUGAUGCAUCGGUGGAGAUACCCGUCUCUGUCUCUUCACGGCAUCGAGGGGGCUUUCUCCGACGGUGGGGCCAAGACUGUCAUCCCACGUAAGGUCAUCGGCAAGUUCUCCAUCCGCCUCGUCCCUGACAUGGACCCAAAAGUGGUGGAGAAGCUGGUCCUCAGUUACCUGGAGAAGAAGUUUGCCGAACUGGAGAGCCCCAACAAGCUGAAGGCUUACAUGGGUCACGGCGCUAAGGCCUGGGUGGCAGACUUCAACCAUCCCCAUUUCAUGGCUGGCAGGAGAGCCAUGAAGACUGUGUUUGGAGUCGAGCCCGACCUGACGAGGGAGGGUGGAAGCAUCCCAGUGACCUUAACCUUCCAGGAAGCAACCGGCCGCAAUGUCAUGCUGCUGCCAUUGGGCUCGUCAGAUGAUGGUGCUCACUCACAGAAUGAGAAGCUCAACAGGUCUAACUACAUCCAGGGAACCAAAAUGUUGGCAGCUUACUUCCAUGAAGUAUCUUUGCUGAAGUAACUGGACUUGUUUUUAACAUUUUUAACUCUGUUGUUUUAAAUGUUCUCGAGAACAAAACUUGAAAUGGUGAACUGUGAAAUAAAUUCUCCGUAAGGAUUUGUUCUCAGUGCAGUUGGGAAGUUCUGAAACAUAACAGUUUGGAAAAUAUAAUUGCAACUCAUGCAAGUAAUACCGGUGGUUACAUUUGUUGGAAUUGGUUAUCAAUUACUCUACUCUACUGUACCUAAUGGAAAUUCACUGUCUUUAAAAGGGCAUUUCAAAUACAUUCUUGAGCAAUGUUUCCAGUCUGUGGAUGGCAUAUUCAAAAAGAAAAAAAAUGAAUGAAAUGAAACUUAUGAGAGUUUAAGAACUUUGUUGAAUCAUUGUAUUUACUGGCCUCUGCUCAGGAUGGGCUUUGAAAAGUUUGGCAAAAUAUAACUCAUCUCAGAACUGUUU